AUGAGACGAGAAAUCCAUGGAGCCGAUCUUGCUUCUGAAAGUUCACUUCUUGACAAAGAAACUCAAGACUCAUCGGCGACAACAACUACUACUACUCUCUUGUUUACCACUUUUGUAGCUGUGUCUGGUUCCUUCGUUUUUGGUUCAGCUAUAGGAUACUCAUCACCCGUUCAGUCCGAUUUAACCAAUGACUUGAAUCUCUCUGUGGCAGAGUACUCGCUCUUCGGUUCAAUUCUGACAAUUGGGGCAAUGAUUGGCGCAGCAAUGAGUGGCCGAAUCGCGGAUUUGAUAGGAAGACGAGCUACUAUGGGUUUCUCGGAGAUGUUUUGCAUUCUCGGCUGGUUAACUAUCUACCUUGCUAAGGUUGCAGUCUGGCUUGACGUUGGAAGAUUCUUGGUCGGUUAUGGGAUGGGUGUUCUUUCGUUUGUGGUUCCUGUAUACAUAGCUGAAAUCUCUCCUAAGGAUCUUCGAGGUAGUUUUACAACUGUUCAUCAGUUAAUGAUAUGUUUGGGUGUCUCAGUGACAUAUCUCUUAGGCUCUUUUGUUGGCUGGCGAAUUUUGGCUUUGAUCGGAUUGGUACCAUGUCUGGUACAAAUGAUAGGAUUAUUUAUCAUCCCAGAAUCUCCUAGAUGGUUGGCAAAAGUUGGCAGAUGGGAAGCAUUUGAGACUGCAUUGCAACGAUUACGGGGUGAAUCCGCAAAUAUUUCCUACGAAUGUAGUGAAAUCAAAGAUUAUACACAAAGAGUUUCACAAUUAUCAGAAGGUAGUAUAGUAGAUCUAUUCCAGCCACAAUACGCGAAAUCUCUAAUUGUUGGAGUUGGUCUAAUGGCACUGCAACAAUUUGGAGGGGUUAAUGGAAUCGCCUUUUAUGCAAGCUCUAUUUUUGCAUCUGCUGGGUUCUCUUCCAAAAUUGGAAUGAUUGCGAUGGUUGUCGUACAAAUACCGAUGACAACUUUAGGCGUAAUUUUGAUGGAUAAAUCAGGAAGACGACCUCUACUUCUAAUUUCUGCUGCUGGUACAUUUAUUGGGUGUUUCUUCGUCGGCCUAUCAUUUUCCUUACAGGGUGUAAAGCUGUUGGAUGGAAAAACUUCAUAUCUAGCACUCAUUGGCGUUUUGGUAUACACUGGAUCAUUCUCACUAGGGAUGGGUGGGAUCCCUUGGGUCAUUAUGUCAGAGGUAUUUCCUAUAGAUAUAAAAGGAUCAGCAGGAAGUCUUGUAACUGUUAUUAGUUGGGUUGGAUCAUGGAUUAUUUCAUUUGCAUUCAACUUCCUAAUGAAUUGGAGUCCUUCAGAAACAUUUUAUGGUUUUGCUACAGUUUGUGGGGCCACUGUUAUUUUUGUAGCAAAACUCGUACCAGAAACAAAAGGUCGAACACUUGAGGAUAUUCAAUCAUCGAUUGGUAUGUGA